GUCAGCCGCGCGCCGGAAGGGGCCGCCGGCUCCAAGAUGGCGGCGCGCUGUGCGUGAGCGGUGCGGGGAGGCACCCGUCGCCGAGAGCUGCGCUGUGCUUCGCGGGUCUGUGCGUGGGAGGUGUUGGUCUGCGCCUUAGGACAGAACCGGUGGAGCCGCGGGCACGGGGCAGAGAGGAGGGUUUCUGCUGUUUGUUUUUGUGGAGAAAAAUAGAGAACCCAAGAGACAACCGGGAAACAUUCACCGACUGCCCUUCUGGAGGGGGUGUGUGGAAGAGCCAGGUUUUCUCCAGGAAGAGCCAGUAUUUGUAUAAAAUGUAUGGAACCUAGCUGUGCCUUUCCUGUGCUGGUUCUGAGAAUGUGCCGAGGUGCCCUGUGUGAGGGAGGGAGCCUUCCAGCUGCAGACCUGCACCCAGGCCGGGCUGUUCCCUCACCCACUUGGUGUGGCCUUUUUUUUUUUUCUUCUCUUUUUUUGCUUUUUCAGGAGUUGGUUGGUUGCUUUUAACACAAGUUAAUUAGCAGUUUUUCUUCCUGGAGUAUGUGGUGUCUGCAGUGAACUGCAGUUGUAACUGCUGGAGCACUGUAAAAGGGAGCACUGAAGCACCACAGCUUUGUUGUUGGUGUAACCCAGUUCCUGACGCUGUGGGUGCAGUGUUAGCUAGCUGUAAGCUGUCUGUGUUUGCUUGUAGGUUGGAUACCCCCAUACACAACCCAGUAUCUCACCAGGACACAGUGGAGCUCGCGUGACUGCAGCUUGCCCGAGGUUUCAGAAGCUGCAUCCUGAGGCUGUGCUGAGCAGAACAGUUCCAUGGCGGCUGCUGCUUCACAGCAGGCUGCCUGGCCACGGCAGCUGUCCCCGUAGGUGUCCCUCACACUGAUGUACCAUGGGAGACGUAACAGAGAAGGAGAUGGAUAAUCUCACGUUCAAAAGUGACACCGUCCUUUCUGAUGUGCACUUGCACUGUCCCAACAAAAGACAUCUCAUGGUACGACUGAAUGCAGUUGGACAACCAGUAUUCCUGUCAUAUUUCAAACUCCUUUGGAACACAGACGAUCAGGCCUCUAAGAAAUAUGCAAGAGAAACUACAGUUGAAAGUGAACACCAGUACAGAAGUGGAGAUGAACUAUGUGACAAGGAUGGGGAUAGUCUGAAAUGCGAAAGGGAAUUGAAUACAGAAGGAAUAGAAGCUCUGCUAGAUGAGGACGGAGACUUGGAAGUGGUCAGGAGACCUCAAAGUGCCAGUGACUUAGAGGCAGAGGAUCUAGUGAGGGAUAGAGUAUAUCCUGUAAUUCUGAUGAAAGGAAAAGAAACUGCUUUUGAAGAUGAAGAACAAGAAUGCACUCGCAGCGAUGUUGUUAAAAUAGAGCAUACUAUGGCAACCCCCUUAGAAGAUGUUGGUAAACAGGUCUGGCGUGCAGCUUUUCUUCUUGCUGAUUAUAUUCUGUUUAAACGGGAUGUGUUCAGGAGUUGCACGGUGCUAGAGCUUGGAGGUGGCACUGGAAUUACAAGCAUUAUCAUGGGAACGGUUGCCAACAGAGUUUAUUGCACAGAUGUUGGUGAAGAUCUUUUGGCCAUGUGUGAACAAAAUGUUGCACUGAACAAACACCUGAUGGAGCCAGGAGGAGGGGAAAUUAAAGUAAAAGAACUGGACUGGCUGAAAGAUGAAUUCUGCACUGAUCCAGAAGCUCUUUAUAGCUGGUCUGAAGAAGAGAUUGCUGAUUUGCAUGACCACUGUACUGUGAUAAUGGCAGCUGAUGUGUUCUAUGACGAUGAUCUGACGGAUGCCUUUUUCAGAAUGCUGUACAGAAUCACACACAACUUGAAACAUUCUUGCACAGUUUUCCUAGCCAUAGAAAAGAGACUGAAUUUCACUUUAAGACAUAUGGAUGUUACAUGUGAAGCCUACAGUCAUUUUAGAAAUACUCUAAAUGAUUUGGAGAACCGUCAGGACGGAAAAAUGAAAUACAGUGUGGAACCCAUUAAGCCUGAUUUCUGCCAGUUUCUCAUUUAUGAACGGAUUGAGCAGUUGGAGUUGUGGAAGAUCAUUGCUGAUCAGCUAACAUGACAGGGACACGAGAAAAUAGAAGAUCUUAAUCUAAGGAUAAUGUGUUUUUUGGGGAUGUUUUAUGGAAAAAUUUCCUGUUGGAACUGAGUUCUCAGAAAGGAAAUCCAUGCAAAUUUGCUUUACCUCAGCAAGUUUUGGUUUUGGCUCUUAGGAUGUGGUUUCUUUGCUCCUGUUACGAAACUGGUUAAUGCUGAUCUGCAGAGGACAUGCUGGCUGAGAAGCUGUGGCAGUGACGCAGUGCUGCACGUUCUCCAGGACUGAUGCCUUAGGCUUUAGGUUCUAACAAAGAGGUAUUUAACCUUGAUCCAUGUGGCCGAUUUGCAGAUGCCAUGGGUAUUACUUUUCAGUUUUCUGAACUUGGACACUGUUCUCAGUCUUAUCUGAGUUACACGUUUGUAUUUAUGGACAACUGUGAAACAAUCUAUGGGGCAAGACCUGUUUGUCAUUCAUGGACUUUCAUUUAAGCAAUCUGUUUAUGAAACCUAGCUCUUCGUUUUGGGUUUGUCUUACCUGAAUCAUUCUAGCUUAGGGCAACUGUCCCAAUGGAAAUGAGGCAAGGUGUGUUUAGUUUGAGCCUCUUCAAAUGUUCCACAGAGGUCUUGGAGCUGUAUUGUCCUGGUGGCAUUCUAAGCUAUUCAUUGCUUGCCAGGUUGAGGUUAGGAAGGAGAAGUGACAUACUGCUCUUUAAAUGUUGGAGCUCUCGGUGUGUACGUGUGAGGCUGGGAAGAAAGUGACCCAGAACGUCUUCCCCCUGCAGAUGGGGCUUUCAGUGCCUUAGCUUUUGGAUUAAAGUAUAACGUAUUUAUCAAUUCUCUUCUGUGUUAUUAAUGAAACCAAAAAUCAGAGUGUUUAUACUCAUUAUAACAUUUGUGUGUACUGUAGUGUUUAUGUUUGUAUCACUUGCCAUAUGUGCACUGUCACUUACAUCCUUGUGCCUGCUGGGUUCCUUAGCAUUGUGAGAACGUCAUGAUAAAACUGUUCCAGCCUGUGACUCGUGGGAGUGUGCACACAUCACAUUAGAAGCAUCUGGUUGUCUUUUUGAAAGUCUGUUUUACAUUUGGUUUAGCUUCAUCCUUUUAGGUCAGUUAUUUCAUAAUGCAUGAGCAUUAAGGUAUAUUUUGCAUGAAGAUAUAUUUUUCUCUAUUUUUCAUGUUUAAUGAGAUGAAAGGUCAUUAGAGAAAGAUGAUGCCUUUUUCCUGUGAGUAUAACCAAAGUAAAAAUUACAUUAUGUUGGCA